AUUACAAUUAUUUGCUUAGAUAAGUUUACUGAAAACGAUAUCGUGGGAAAUGCUUUUGGAUUAUUUAUUGCUGCAUAUGAGACAGUUUCGACUGCAAUAUCAUUUUGCCUUUAUGAACUAUCAUUAAAUAAAUCAAUUCAAGAUCGAAUACGAAAGGAAAUGGAGUUGGUUAAAACAAGGUUUGUCGAUAAUGAAGAAAAAUAUGAUAUGUUCAAUCAACUUCACUACACUGAUAUGGUUUUAGCUGCACUCAAGUAUUUUGUAGAAACCGUUCGUAAAUAUCCACCGGUCGCAGCAUUGUUUCGAGAGGCAACACAGGAUUAUAAUAUGACUGAAGGAUUAUUGUUAGAAAAAGGCAUUAAAAUUAUAAUUCCGAUUUAUUCGAUACAUUAUAAUAAAAUGUAUUAUCCAAAUCCAUACAAAUUUGAUCCUGAUAGAUUUUUACCCGAAGAAAAAAUUAAAAUACGAAACGGUACGUAUUUACCAUUUGGAGAUGGACCUCGUAUUUGUAUAGGUAAGCGUUUUGCCGAAUUAGAAAUGAAAAUAGCAUUAUUGGAAUUUUUGACAAACUUUGAAGUAGCACCUUGCGAAAAAACUGAUAUACCAAUAAAGUUUAGCAAAAACUCAUUUGUGGUAGUUCCAAAAAAUGGCAUUUGGUUACAUAUCAAAAAACUGAAUAAAACCAGUAAAUUUUCAUAGUUUUAAAUUAUUUAAAUUAGCUCUUUGUUGUUGUUAAAUAAAUAAUGCGUUAUAUUUAAUGUUUUAAAUAAUGUAUUAUAUAAAUUAAA